GAGAGAGAAGCACAUGGCACGACGACGCCGCGCGCCCCGGCACCGGAGAGAAUCGAACCGACCAGCCAACCAACCGCCCGCGGCAGGAUCGCGCUCAUUCGCCCGUGAGAUCGGCCCGAAACCACGUAAAACCCCCCCACCCCCCACCACCUCGCGCCGCAACCGUGCCCAACGGCACAAGCGCAGUUACGCCGCGCGUGAUGCGCCUCCCACCACCACCACCAGCGCGCGUCUCCGCCUAAACAUAGCUAUCUCCACUCCUACUUCCCGGUCUCGAGCUACACCAAACACAACGGGUCAUUUCCCUCCAUUUUGAUCCGGGAGAAUAGCAAAGCAAGGGGCGGGGGUGGGGAUUGUCUAUAUUUACCGCACACGCGUCGUUGGCGAGGCGGGGGGGUAGCUGCUACCUUUGGGAGUUGGGUGGCGCCAUGGCAACAUCUUCGGUGGCCGCCAUGCCGCACGACUCCACGCCAUGGAGGGACCCCUCCAGGGCAUCCUCCAGGCAGCCCGCCAGGGGGUUCUUCAACAUCCUCGUCCCGCCGCCGCAGUCGCCGCGCCCGCGCUGCCCCGACCACCAACACCACCACCACCACCACCACCACCACGAUGCUGCUGGUGGCGCGGCGGCGGCGGCGGCGGCGGCGGCGGCGGAGCCCACGCCGAGGCGGCGGAAGCAGAUACUGGAUCGGUGGGCGGCGGCGGCGGCGGCCGCGUCCGCCACGGCGUCCGCCGAGGCCCCCGCGCCGCAGGAGCAGAGGCGGAGGGCGAGGGACGCCGAGCUGUCCGCGCUCGCGUCGGCCACCCGCCCCGUGACCGCCCGCGCCGCCGUGUUCCGGGAGCCGUCCCCAGCGCCGUCGGACGCGUCGUCGGGGGCGGGGGCGGGGUGCGGGGGCGGGGCCGGGUGCGGCGCGGAGCUCCCGCCCGCGGCGCCGCGCGCGUCGUCGCUGAUCCAGCGGUGGCGGGAGAUCGAGGCGGUGGGGCCCGCCACGCCGCGGCCCUGCGACCUGGCCUCCGACUCCGACGGCGGCUCGCCGCGGGGCCGCGUGGGGUGCAUCGUCAAGAAGCUCAGCGGCACGUCGUCGAUCCCCGACGACGAGCUGGACGCCGCCAACAAGGAGGUCGCGAUGUCGCAGUCCGCGCCCCCGUCGCCCGCGCCGAUGCGCGCCGGGGUGGAGCCGCCCACCAACAUCGCCGGUAUCAACGGGUCCAGGCCGACGCAGCUGGUAGUCCGCACGGUGCGUGGCCGCCGCGCAAUGGAGGAGCUCGUCGCCAUGAUGGCCCAUUGCCGGAGGUGCGAGCUCGCCGCGGUCGCCGACCGCCACGUCGUGUCGCGGUUCUCGCACAAAGGCAGGAUCCAGUCCAUGCUUCGUCUUAGGCUGUUGCGUCAGGGAUUUAAAGUUAAGGAUGAAGUUUGGACUCUACCAAAACCAGUCAGGCCACGCCUUCCAAAACAUGAGCAUGAGGCCUAUACCACAAGCAAGUGCAUUGCUGGUAACCAACAUAAGGGUGGCCAGGUUUUGGCUGAGAAGUCUACUGGUUCUGUUGAGAGACUAGUUUCUUCGGAUGGUUUAGGAAAUGAACAAAAUGAUGGGCAGAACAGCAACAGUGAAAAUCAAUGUCAGGAAGGUUGCAAAAACAUGGUAAAAUUAUGUACCCAGAAUCAGGAAUAUUCUGAGCCAUCGAGUUUCGUGAGGUAUGACGAGCAUAGUACCGUUGAUGAUGUCUCGCCAAGUACCAUAAGCACAUUGCAUGAACUUUGCACUCCAUCCUCAAGGGGUGAUAAUCUAAGAGAAGAAGACAACCAAAGCCUGAAUGGUUCAUGGGAAGAGAGGGCACUAUGGAUAAGUAGUCUUGGUUGGCCUGCACCAGUGGAAGCCAUGAGUCCAGACAGCUGGAAUCAGGAUGAAAUUGGGGAUAUUGAGAAUCACACUCAGAAUGAAUUUAAUGAUCGCCCCUGGAUAGAUUCCCCUAACUCAUGGAGAUCAUUGUGUGUUGCCACACAAGCAGACAGCGGUGCUUUGUCUGGCAAUGCUGACAUCUGCAAUCUUCUUGAGAGCAAAAAUGUCUCAAAGUCUCUUGAGAGUGAUUUUAGCAAUAAAAUGAACAACAUGUUGCUAACAAUCUUGCGCAAACAAAGGCAACAACACAUGAUUGAUGAUUUUGAAGGAUAUUAUGAUGAGCGCUUAUACUGGAGACAGAAUGAUGAACAACAGAAUGCUGAUCAGAGGGUAUCUGCACAGUGUUCAUUAGCACCUGUCUCCCAUCUCCACCAACAAGAAGGCUGGCAGCAUUCUUCGUUUGAACAUCAACAUCAUGAAAACCAAAACUUCCUUGAAAUGGAGGUCAGGGUUAGAAGUGAAAUGGCACAGGUCCAUCAUGAAAUAUAUGAACUACGGAAGUUGGUGGAAAGUUGUAUUGCAUCCCAAGUAAAGAUCCAGCACUCCAUUAAAGAGGAGAUGUGCAGUGCACUUCGCGAAGCAGGGUUGAUGCCAAGCCAACCCGACACACCAGCAAAAAGGGGAAGCUGCUGCAUCUGCCAUCAGACGCAAGUUGACUCUCUACUUUACAGGUGUGGACAUAUGUGCACCUGUUUCAAUUGCGCCGAUCAGCUGAAAUCGAGCAACAGGAGUUGCCCAAUCUGCCAAUCUCCUAUUGAGGAUGUUGUUCGAGCGCAUAUGAAUUUUUGAGGUUUAGGUCUUAGGAGGAAGAAGAGCUGCCACUCUAUAGCUUUAGAUGUGGAGUUUGUGAAGCCCUGGUUUUGAGGAGGCUUCUUGAAUCACCUUCAUUAACAACCAAAAGUAUACGAGCUAGCGUUUCUUGAGAAAUGUAAAUAUGUUUUGUGCAAGCGCAAUGUGUACUAAGUACUGACAGAAAGGAACAAACGAAAUAUCUAAUCCAAAUGCUGAUCUUGUUUCUGAUCAUUUUUCUUGCUU